AUGUCCACAACCUCUUUCAAGCCCGUAGCUGCGGAGCCCGUCAACGAAGAACAUGGGUUGAUCCAUGGUGUUUCCGCGCAGGAGCUACAGGUUAUCGGCGAGCAAUGCAUUGACGCAAAGUCCAAAGCAUACUGCCCAUACUCCCUCUUCCGCGUCGGCGCAUCCCUCCUCCUACACCAGUCGACGUCCUCCGAGCCCUCCAUCAUCGUUGGCGCAAACGUCGAGAACGCCGCCUACCCCGUUGGUACCUGCGCCGAGCGCGUCGCCUUCGGUACCGCCGUGGUUCAAGGCCACAAGCUUGGUUCUUUCAAGGCCGUUGGUGUCGCUACAGACAUCGACGACUUCUGCUCCCCGUGCGGAAUGUGCAGGCAGUUUUUGAGAGAGUUUCUGAGCCUGGAGACACCGAUCUUCAUGUUCAACAAGGAGGGCAAAUACAUUGUGAGGACGAUGGGUGAGCUACUGCCGUUGAGCUUUGGGCCGGAUGUUCUGCCGCCGAGGGAGCAGUUGAAGAAGGAGAGGGACGGGGAGAAGGCGAAGGCUGCGUGA